UACAUAACUUUCUUCAACAUCAUUUUAUUAAACCCUAAGACACUGUCGGGGGGUUUUGUGUUACUUGGCUUACUUCUCUCCCACGCAAUGGAUCCGUGCACUUUCCUACGAAUUACUGUCGGAAACUUGGUUGUUAGGGCAUCACCGUCUAUUUCGGACGCAGCACCUGGUAACUGGUUCUGUAAGAUCAAAUUCAAGAGUUUCCCACGCCAAGUCGUUGCGGUUCCCGUUCUGUUUCGAACCGAAUCAGAAUCCCAGUCCCGGUUGUGCUCCGGUGAUGUGUCAACCGUUGCUGCUUGCUUCAUUCUAAGCAAGGCUCAGAUUGAAUGGUCUCAUAUGAAGCCUGAACGGAGUGUCCUCUCCGUCAAGGUUUAUUCCUCUGUUGCAUCGUGUGGACUCGUCCCUUCUUUGGGUGUGAAACUUAUUGGUUGCUUUAACAUUUCAUUGGAUUUAAAGACGGCGGAAACUAGGACGUGUUUGGCUCACCAUGAAUGGGUUGAGUUGGGCACUAAUAACAAGUCAAAGAAAAAGAAUCCGGACCUUCACGUUAGCGUACGGGUUGAACCCGACCGGAGAUUUAUGUUUGAGUUCGAAGGCGAGCCCGAGUGUAGUCCCAAGGUUUUUCUUGUACAUGGAAACAAGAAACAAGCUGUCUUCACAUGCAAGUUUGGAAUCAGAAACUCCCCAAUUCUUACAAGGUCAGUAAUAUUUUUCACUCUUUUUCAUAUGUUUUGGGUUAUAUGAUUUUAAUUAAUUAAGUCUAUGGUUCGUACUACUUAUAGAAUAUUGCCGUCAUUGACCACCGGAAAGAAACAUACAUGGAGGGAGAGAAAAGGUUGGUCGAUAAUGAUCCAUGAUCUCUCUGGCUCAGCAGUAGCUAUGGCUUCAAUUACCACACCUUUCGUACCAUCACCCGGUUCCAAGCGCGUGUCUAAGUCAAGCCCCGGCGAAUGGCUCAUCCUCCGGCCUGAUGGAAACAUAAUGAAGCCAUGGGGUCGUCUCGAGGCAUGGCGUGAGCCUGGCUUCUCUGAUGUCCUCGGUUAUCAGUUCCAUCUAUUUCAAGAUGACAUCGCUACUGAAAUCUCCUCGUCGUCUUCGAUCAGGGCAAAAUUCGGAGGGAGUUUUGUCAUCGACGGAACCAUCGCUGCCGCGGACAUCAACACGGCUGCUUCUUUGACACCCUCAUAUGGGAGUUUUGAUCUUUCCUCCCGGUUGAGUAGUGGAUCAUCAAAAGCCCGUUCAGGGUGCGGGUCGGAUUUCGGGUUUCUUCUACCGCAAGCGCAACAUAACUUGGGGUUUGUGAUGUCGACCAGGGUGGAAGGAGUUGAGAAACAGAGCAGGCCUAAGGUGGAAGUAGGGGAGAAGUAUGUGAGAUGCGUGGAGGAUGCCGCGGCGCACGUGGCUUUAGCAGCGGCGGUGGAUUUAAGCAUGGAUGCUUGUAGACUGUUCUCUCACAAGAUAAGAAGAGAGCUGAGACAGCCACGAUGAACUGGUACCGUUAGACGUUUAUUGCUUUUAUCGUUUUGACGUACGAGAUUAGUCGUCUUUUUCCACUAGAAUAAUUUUGUUUCUAGUGGAUGAAAAAAGAAG